GCCAACUAUAAAUAGUCCAGCAGCCUACGCAUGCUCAUGUUUGAUUGGAAAUUGUCAGAGCCUUAAGUCAGAGCCUCGGGGUAUCAGUCAAAGGAGGGGAAGGACCUGUAAACGUUCUUUUCUGGAAAGCCAAAAAGAAACCUAAACUUUUAAUUUUUUCCCCUGGUGAACUAUUUUUCUGGACUAUUUGUUUACCUGGUGAAAAAUGGGAUCACGGAGGAUAACAACACGCACUUCUUCUGGCAAUGGAAGAUUGAGUAAUGGCGAAGAAGUCAGUGGAAACAGUCGGUCUGGUGGCUGCAGUUAUCUCUCUAACGUGAGGCCAGAAACCAGGAGCACGCUUUGCAGUGUGAUCGCACACUUAAUGGAGGAAACACAGCCAUCUUUUGAAAUUACUAUCAAGUCCAGAGCUGUGUCGGAGAACUGCAACGUCAAGUUCUCUAUUGUGGUUACAGGACACCCUACUCCUCAAGUAAUUUGGUAUAAGGAUGACAUGCAGUUAGACCGAUACUGUGGACUGCCUAAAUACGAAGUAUUCCGCAACGGACAAAGCCAUUCCCUGCACAUUUACAAUUGUACUGUGGAUGAUGCUGCUAUAUACCAGGCCUCAGCCAGUAACACUAAAGGUAUUGUGUCCUGCUCAGGAAUACUAGAGGUGGGUGAAAUGAACGAGUUCAAGAUCCACCAGCGCUACUUUGGCAAGCUGAAACAAAAGGCUGAGAUCAAACGCAGGGAAGCAGAAGGUAAAGAGAACCAGGAGCCACUCCGAACCAUUAGUCCAGACCGCACACUGAGGAAACGGCGCUCCACAAUGGAUGCUUUUCUGAGUGCGCCAAGCUCCACUGAGGAUGAGGGCAGUGAGAUGAGCCCUCAGGAGGUAGCUAUGGACACUGAAGCCAGGUUACAGGAGAAGACAGCUGUGGAAAAGGUGGAAGAAAAGCCAGUCCCAAUCACCAAUGGAGUGGUGUCUUCUGGCACUAAUGGACCGACGACUAGUGAAAACAUUAGCAAGAGUGGGACAUACGUAUAUGACUCUGCACAGAAGAUGUUUACUGCUCACAAACCCAAAACUCCCUUUAUUAAAAAGAAGCUUAAGAUUUCUAGUAGUGCAAAAGUUGCAAAAUCCGAUGUGCCAGUAGAGAGGCCAUCUGAGGAGAGAAGAGCCUCACCCUCUGUGUCUCUGAGCUCUACAGGGCCCCUGAGGUCUAAGGUGAAUUCAGAAGAGGUUAUGGAAGUAGAGAAUGCUGUUUGUUCAUCAACUGUGGACUCAAACUCAAGAAAUGUGAGGGAACAGAAAUCAGAAACAGUGAAAGUACCACAUACUGAGAGGCCUUCAGAGGAUAAAAAAGUAGCUACUAAGGUAACCUUGCCCUUACACAAAGAACAGCCUACUCCUUCAGUACCUACUGCUACCAUCACACCAACAGGUUUUAAUAAGUCAGGAAUAGCAGUGAAAAACGCUGCAAAGCAUGACAAGGCUGCUGUAAGCAGAGAUAAAAAAGAAAAGCUGGAAAAACAGAACACAAGCCCUCCAUUUACCUCAGCACGUCUAAAGCCAGGUGUAGCAGAAACUAAACAACAAACACAAAGAAAAGGGAAAGACAACACUUCUGGAACAGAUCAUGUUUCAGCCAUGGGUGUCGACAAGAAGCCAAGCACUUCAAUAGGAGGAUCUUCAACACCUAAAGCCGUUCAAGCAGUGAAUGUACCGUGUGAAAACCGGACUAUUUUGCCCCAGCACCCGUGUGAAAAGGCCACAGAUCAGCUGUCUGAGACGGAAACAAGCCCCAGCCAAAAAAAUGUGUUUGUGUCUGUGUCUGGGCCAGCGCUGCAGAGGGAGGUUACACAGGCCCGUCCAAAGAUGAACAGGAAUGACGCACCUGUCAUCCUUGAGCCUCAAUCCAACCAGCGCACGAUGGAAGCACGACCACCACAAAAGACUGCAUCUGAAAAGGCGACUGCGACUGAUGACAUCCAGACCCAUUCUUUGCACAGUGUUCCUCAAGCAGCUGAUAACAUAGUGACACAGGACACACGAGAUCAUACCAGGGGAUCAAGUGAAAUCCAUACUAUGCUUUAUACAGACCUACACAAGUCAGCCCUCCAAAGCUCUGGUAAUGCCGAGAACUCGCCAGGGUGUAACGUUUCCCCCAGCGCCGACCGAAGCCAAGUUGAUACAGCCAUAAAAACUGUUGAAGGCACAGAAAUACAAGUUGAUGAGAAGGUAAAGAGUAACGAGGUUGGUAGGUUUCUAGCGCAGUCUGACAGGUGGGCCCCAAAGGAGAGGGAAGUUGAAAUGGAGACAGACGCUGCUGCUGUACAUAUGACCAAGCAAAGAGAGGCAGGCGUGAUCAUGGAGGCAGCAAACCAACAAACUGAUGUCAUUGUGAAUGCAUCUGAUAAAGAAAGUGAGAAGAAUGCACAUGCAACAAAAAUGGCAGCGAAAACUACACCAGAAAUACACAAUCCGAAGUCAGCUGUGCAUGAGCCAGCAGCGCCACUUCGGACAACAACGCAAGAAAACUUGUGCCAAUCAUCAGUUCAAGAAUUCCAAGAAAUCCCAAAGCCUGUGACAAGAAUUUUGUCAAUAGCUGAGAUCUUGAGAGCACAGAUAAAGGCUCUUGAGUCCACACUUGCCAAUUCAUUGUCUGCCAUACCACUCCAUGCUGACUAUGAACACGGGUCACCCUCUACUGAAACACAUAUGGAGAUACAAGAUGGGAACGGCAAAGCAGAACUCACAAAGACAAUAAUCAACAGGCGGAAGGAGACGACUAUUGACGUUACUCCUCUCAGAAAUAUUAAGGAUACACUCAUGGAGGUUUAUCAUCAACUAAAUAAAACUGACCAGGAACUAAUUUCAAUUUCACCCGCUCCUCAAAAAGCAAUUGCUAUCCCCCCAAUCUCUGGUGAAGACACUGGCACUGCUACAGAGACUGCAGAGUUUCAUGGUAGUGCCAGGGAAUAUAAUGAAUGUGUAAUGGAUGUUUGCCCAGAAACUAAAGCAUCAGCUGAGGUUACUUCAAGACAUUCCACUGAUGCUCACCUUUCUGGGAGUCAAAGUGUCAAUUUUCCUCCUUUGCCAUCAAAGGAAGAAAUGAUUUACAGCCAAAUUUCAAAACUUUCUGGAAGCGUCACUGGAGAACCAGCGACUCCUCUUACAGUGACACCUAUAAAGGCCAGUAGUCAAGGGGCAAAUACUACUGUUUUAGAGCACGCUAACGACAAACCUGCUCCAAGCAAAGGCACCGAGGUGAUACAAAGGUUAACUCCAGAAAUUAAACUCGACAGUGAAACUGAAAGGGGAAUUAGUAGAAUGAGUUCUGCAGCACUUUUAGAUCAAAACAAAGAGGAAGAUGCAAAGACCAGUUCACAGAUUUUACCAAGGUUACCUGUUGAAAGCACUGAAAGUACAGAUAUUCAACAGAGUAAUUCUCAACUUAUCUCUCAAGAUUCUUCAAGGACUAGCUCCCCAUCCAGUCUGACUCCAGAGACCAGUCCAUUGUUAAAAAGAAGGAACUGUGUUUCUCCCAUUCCUUCUGCAACACCACAAGAGCUGGCCUCUGGUGCUAGACGCAAAAUCGUUAUCCCCAAGUCUGAACCUGAGGAGGCUGCAGAUGACGCACCUACACUUGAUAACCAAAGUCCUAAAAAGGAUGUUUCUGUACAAGGCAACAGACUUUCCCCAAGUCCUGCGACAGUCUCUACAUCUCCAAGCCUGUCACGACGCUCACCUCUGCUGCAGCCCCCAAGUGAGCCAGCAUCCCCCGCAGAAAGGCAUUCUCCUGUUUUCAGCAGGAGGAAGAUGGCACCUGAGACUCAAGCACCAAGCCCGCAGCCCAGUCAGGAGAUAGAAACACCCACUGAGGGGAAACCUGCAGAGAAGGACAAGAGAGACCCAUUCAAAGCCCCUCAAGUCAUCCGCAAGAUCCGAGGGGAGACCUUUGCAGAUGCUUCAGGACACUUGAAACUGUGGUGCCAGUUCUUUAAUGUUCUCAGUGAUUCUACGAUCAAAUGGUGUAGGAAUGAAGUGGGGAUUGGUCAGAUAAAAAGGAGUGCCGGGGAUGAAACUCAGGUCAACCUUGCCAUUGUUCAGGCAUCAUGCAAAGACUCUGGUGUUUACAGAUGCUCAAUCACAAAUGAAUAUGGGACUGACUCCACAGACUAUCUUCUUAGCUCAGACAUUUUGACUGGACUGUCCCUCCGUGAGGACCUUGCUGUUGGAGAAGAAAUCGAAAUGACACCCAUGAUCUUCAGCAGGGGUGUGGCUGAUUCUGGCACAUUGGGCAACAAAUUCUUUGGCCGUAUAAUGAUGCAGGAAUCUCAUAUCGGCGAUGGAUGUUUCCACAAAGUCUGGAGAGCAAAAGUUAUUUAUGGUUUGGAGCCUGUGUUUGAGUCUGGAAACAUGUGUGUCAUUAAAGUAUGCAACCCGAUCACCUAUGGAGGCAAAGGAGAAAGCUGCCUCAUUGACAGGAACCUGGAGGUUGUCAAGCAGGAGUGUAAAAUGCAGAACUUGGCUCGGGAGUACUGCAAGAUCUUCAAUGCAGAGGCAAGAGUGAUAGAACACUUUGGUCCCUCUCUAGAGGUGAUUCCAGUCUACCUGAUGUACCGCCCAGCAAACACUGUCCCAUAUGCCACAGUAGAGGCCAAUCUGACUGGAGACUUUCAGAAAUACUCUGUCUUGGAUCAUACAGGCAGAAUGGACAUGAAGACUGGCUCUGAGGUAGAGCGGAAAUGCUGCACCUUCCAACACUGGAUCUAUCAGUGGACCAAUGGCAACCUACUGCUGACUCGGCUAGAGGGUGUUGACACAAAGCUCACCAGUGUCAGAAUAUCAGUGAAAUCAACAGGAUAUCAAGGUUUAUCUUUAGAGGGGAAUCCCAAAGUUUUUGAACAGUUUGUCUCUCAGCAUCAGUGUAACUACUUCUGUGGUCUGCUCAGCCUAAAGUCACUAAAGGUCAUGGACUCUUUGUUGACACCAACAAAGCCAAAAGGAUCCAGGAGCCCGUUGCUUCAGCGCAAAGCAGCCACCGGUUCCUCCAGCCCUCAGACAGCCCGGAAAGCUGCUGGCAGCCCCAGAAUGCCCAGAAAGACUGAGCAGGAUGGCAGAGACACCCCAACUAAACUAAAAGAUACUCCCAAAGCUGUUCAGAUGGAGUAGAGUAAAUACCAGCCAUAAGACACGAAAGAUUCAGAUUUUCUCAAAACAGCAAAUUGUGCUUGUUUUUUUUGAAGAUUACAUUUUAAAUCCGAUCGUUCUCUGUUAUAAAUACACCGGUACUUUAGCAAAGUGAGAAAAAAAGGGCUCAAGAGGAACUAAAAGAAAGAAGCUGAUUAUAUGUUGGUUUUUAAGGAGAUAGAAAGUGAUUCAGAGAGCAGGAAAGCAAUGAAUAAAUGACAGUACUUUUUUAACAGCCACCAUUCCUUGCUGUUUUCACUUGUUGUGUAUUGCUGCCUUCACAUGUGGUGGUUAUUUAUGUAUUAUGUAUGUAUCUUACAUUCAACAAAUUGUAGGGUUGAGACUAUAGCGUAGUAGUGAGUAGUGACUUUCCUGGGUUUGUAGUCUAUCAAUCCAUGUACCAUUACAGGUCACAGAUUGUGAGUCUAAUCUCAGGUCAGUGUGUUUUUCCUCAGUAAAUGUGCAAUAAACAUAUUUUGAACUGAAGUGGCAUUAAAUGUAGGCUAUGUGUCAAGUGAAGUAAAUUAUGACAUAGAUAAGCCACAUGGUGGUACAGCACAUUUUCCCUUUAUUCUUCAAAAUAUCUCAAGCCAAAUGUAGCUUUACAUGACUUUGUUGUACAGUGGUUAAAGGUGCUGUGCUUUUAUUUUAUAACCUGUCAUGUUUACUUGUCACUUUACAUUGCACUGCAUUUUUAGAAACUGCACCUUUGCCUGAAUGCAACUGGCUGUAAAAUAAAGGAUAAGA